CCAUAACCUUUUUGUGAGUGACAGUUCAACAGUCACGCAAAAUUUGGUCGACGUGAAAGACAAAAAAUUGAAUGUUAAAGGCAGACACAAAAUUCAUUAGUAUCGUUCAACACUUAAACGCGCCAAUAAGAUAAGACAGGUAAAAUGCCGGCCGUUCCGGGAGGGGUUUAUCAACAAGGACCGACUUGUUUUGAUAAAAUGAAGAUGGGAUUCUUUCUCGGAUUCUGUGUGGGAAUGGCCAGUGGGGCGUUAUUUGGUGGAUUCUCAGCGUUACGGGGCGGCUUAAGAGGCAAAGAGUUAGUAAACACAGUCGGUAAAGUGAUGCUGCAAGGCGGGGGCUCGUUUGGGACAUUCCUGGCAAUUGGAUCUGGCUUGAGAUGUUAGCAUUAGUGAAGCAGCAAUGAUAUUUCAAGAGAUGUUACUUAAAUUCUUGAAAGCUGAUAGUUAUGUAUAUUUAUUAAGCUAGUUGUUUUACAAUAAAUCCUUGAAGGAAAUUAAAA